AUGAUAACAACUCUUGUUUUAUUCACACUUAUUGUACUUUCUUUUGGAAGAAUUGAUUAUUGGUGUGAUAGUGUUGAUAAUUAUGUUAAAUACCCCCUCCAAACUCAUUGUUAUAGAAAUGGAUGGGAAUACUCUAAUAAAUUUGGUGAUAACAAAGACGUUGAUUGGUUUACAAUAUCUGACAAUAGAAUAGGAUCAGUCAAAAAAUUUAGUAGUCUUGAUCAACCUAACGGUAGACAUAUGUAUUUUUCAUUUUCAUCAUAUUCUCAACCUAGUUCGUUAAAACAAUUAAUGAUUGAAAUUAAAAGUUCAAAAAAAACAAUAUGGAUUUUUCAUGGAGCUAGAACUGAUGGUCUUUUUGUUGGUAUUGGUUGUUUUGGAAAGAGUGGAUGUCGUGAGGAUGUUGAUGAUGGUCAGGGAACUCAUAUUGAUAGUUAUGAUAAAUCAAUUGUUGUUUAUUCUAAAAUUAAUGAGAAAUGGGUUGUUGAUUUCAACAAACGGAACGAAAGUUUUAGCGCUCCAACAGUUCCAUUCAUUUAUAUUGAUGGGGCUGUUGACCAAACUGUUUCAUGUAAUUUUACAACUGAUUUAUUCAGUGGAACAAGUUCCAAUGAUUCAUGGAGGUAUUUGUUCACUGGCAGAAUCACUUCUGUGAAUACUAAUGAUAAUAGUAAAUACAAAUUUAAGCCAAAGUCUGUGUGUUCACGAAGUGUCAAUGGAAAGGCAAUUCAAAGAUAUAUGGCAUUUGAUUCUUCAGAUAAUUCACCACAUUCUAUGUGUUAUUGUACUUCUUACUCACAAACAAUAUCUACUGAUAAAUCUAAUUAUGAUUUUGCUGAUUGCUCAUCAAACAGUACUUAUUUUGACCUUAGAUUUAACCAAGUAACUUCAACACCAAUUAUAUUCAACCUUUGUGAAUGGUAUUCAAUUAUUCCAGAACCUGACAAACAUUAUUCAUUUUCUGUUCCUACAAAUAAGGAACUGAAUGUUCAAGAAUGUCGAUUUGAAUCAACUUCAGUUACUCUUGUUGAGGGAAAGAUGAUCUGCAAUUCAUUGUUCAUUGAUUCAAAAUCAACUAUUGUUAUAGAAGAAAAAGCAUCACUUUCAGUUUCAAGAAUCAUAACAACUGAAGAGAUUAACAAUCUAAAUCAGAAUGGAACUAUCAUCAACUUUGGGACAUUGUCUAGUAUUAAACCUUCAAUUAGUAUCACUACUCAGAUGUCUCAAUCAAAAUGUUUUGAACUUAUCUCUUCAAGUUCAUCUAUUAGUGUCACUGUAAAUAAUGGUCAUAUACUAGAAAAGAAACUACUUAGAGUAUGUCCACCAAGUAAUAUUAAUUCAACUAUUGUUUGCACACUGGAUACAAACAAAAUAAGCAAUACAAAUACGUAUCAGAAUAUCGAAGGAUCAAUUAUUCAUUGUCCAUGUUAUGGUUUGAAUUGUAUUACUAAAUUUAGUAAAGAAGAUACAAUUAUUAUUGCAUCAGAAUAUCAAGGUAUUAUUGAGUUGAUUGAUUCUACUACACAAAUCAUUGAACAACAAUACAAAUCACUAACCACAUUACGAAUAAAAGGAAAUAAAAACAUUGUUACCAUUAUCACAAACUCAAAAACAUCAAAUCAAUUUAUACUAAGUGUUGAAACUGGAAGUAAGAUAUUACUCACUGGAAAUAAAAUAGGAUUUUAUCAAAACAAUACAAAUAAACUUUCCACGAGAAUAGGUUCAGAAUAUCCAUGUCAGUCAUUAUUAUUUAAUGGUGAAACAAGUAAAUGUAGUAUAUGUAAAAACACAGUGGUCAAUGGAUAUUGUCCAUAUGAUAAUGAGAUACCAAAACAUUGUUUAAAAUACCCAUCAUUAAAUGAGUGUAUUCAAUGUGAGGAGGACUAUUAUUUAGAAGAUAAGAUAUGUACCACAUGUCCAUCAAAUUGUUUAAAGUGUUUAAAUGGAGUAUGUAUUCAAUGUAAAGAUAAUCAUUAUUUGGAUAAUGGAAAUUGUUUGAAUAAAGUAGAUCCAAAUAUUGAAUUAAUAAUAAAUAAUGUAGUUAUAAAAUGUCAUGACUCUUUUUAUUCUAUUGGAAAUACAUGUUCUUCUUGUUCAACAAACUGUCAGUAUUGUUCUAUAAAAGAUGGAAAUUAUGAAGAGAGUGUGUGUUCCAUUUGUUCAAAUUCAACUGUUCUUACUUCAUCUAAAGAAUGUUCAACAAUUCCAAACUCAGAAAUAACAAGUAACAUCAAUGUAAUAGAAUGUGAAAAUAAUUAUAGAGUAACAGAUGGACAAUGUGAGUCAUGUAAUCAAUUUGGUUCAUUAUGUCAGAAGUGUACUCCUAAUCAAUGUACUCUUUGCUUAGAUGGGAUUAUUAAUGAAAAUGGUAUUUGUGUAGAUCCAACAACAACAGGAUGUUUGGUAAAUGAAGAUAUAAAAACAAGUUAUUGUAUGAGAUGUAAAGAUAAAGAUAAAUAUUAUGAUGGAACAAGUUGUGUGAAUACAAACAAUUGUUUAACAAUGAGAAAUAAAGCAAUGUGUUAUGAAUGUCAACCAGGAUAUAUUUAUGACACAUUAACAUCUCAAUGUGUUGAUAAAACAAAAAUACAAACAAAUUUAAUAGAAAAAUGUAGUAUUUGGAGAGGAGAACAAAAAGAUUUAUGUUUAAGAUGUAAAGAUAAUUAUUAUUAUGAUGAAUUAUCACAGUCAUGUAUUGUUUGUAAUUCGGCUUGUUUAACCUGUUCAAAUAAAGACACUUGUUUCACAUGUACAGAAGGAUAUUCGUUAAUAAAUACUAGUUGUAUUUUAUCCUCAUCAAUUAUUCAAAAUUGUAGAUUACUUAUUGUUGGAGGAGAUAAGUGUGCUGUUUGUAAUUCUCAUUAUUACAGAACGAAUAAUGGACUAUGUCAAAAAUGUUUAGAACAUUGUAAUUUAUGUUAUGAAAGUGAUAAAUGUAAUUCUUGUGAUGGUAAUUAUUUCUUAUUAGAAAAUACAACAGGAUGUAUAUCAUUUGAUGAACUAACACAUUGUAAAAUAAAGACGAGUAGAGGGUGUGAGUCAUGUGAAGAAGGGUAUUAUGUUUCAAACCAAUACUGUUCAUCAUGUAAUUCAACAACAGAAUAUUGUCAAUACUGUUCAAAAAAUGGGGUAUGUAAUUCAUGUACAAAUGAAUAUGUGUUAAUUGAUGAUAAAUGUAUUAACAAAGCAAUGGUUGAUCAUUGUAUAGAAGUAUCUAAUUCUCAAUGUACAAAAUGUUCAUUUUGGCAUCGACCAGAUAUUAAUAAAACAGCAUGUAAUUCACAUAUAGAAGUCUGGUUAAUAAUAAUUUGUGUUAUAGUCCUACUUAUAAUCAUUAUUGUAAUUAUAGUAUUAUUGAUUUACAUUAUUAAGAGAGUGUUGGGUUAUAGAAAAGAAGAAGAAUUAAGAAAGAAAUAUUGUAUUUUUGAUAUGUCAAGAUCUAAUAUUGAAUUUCAUUCAACAGAUAAUCCAGAUGUCGUAAUUAACAAAGAAGUAAUUCACUUUACGAUAGACAACCAAAAUAACAAUGAUGAAAAAGUUCAAAUUCCUGUAAAUCAAGAAACAAGAGAAUUGAUAUGUAUUGGAAAUAAAGGAAAAAACACAAUUAAAGUUCAAUUUAGUGUAAAAGAAGGAUGUGAUAAAUACGAAAUAAGAACAAAUCCACAAUUAAUGACUAUUCCAAAAGGAAAGGCACUUGAAUUUGAAGUGUUUAUUAAACCAUUAUGCAGUUGUUUAGUUGAAGAUAUUAUUAAGUUAUUUUCAUUGGAUAUGAAGAAAGGAACAACAACUGAAUCUAAUAUCAAAAUUAAAGCAGAAACAGAACUAUCAACACGACUUGAUCCAGAUGAAUUAAAAGAAGAAAAGAAAAUAGGAGAAGGAUCAUUUGGAAUUGUAUAUAUCGGAGAAUUUAGAGGGAAUCAAGUAGCAAUUAAGAAAAUGAAACAAAUUGAUAAAGAUGAAGAUAAAAUGAAAGAAUUUGAGAAAGAAGUUGGGAUGUUAGAUAAAUUUAGAAGUGAAUAUAUCAUUCAUUUUUAUGGAGCAGUAUUUAUUCCUAAUAAAAUAUGUAUGAUAACAGAAUAUGCAAAAUAUGGAUCAAUACAAGAUUUAAUUAAUAAAAGAACAAACACUGAAAUACCAAAUAAAAUAAGAAUUAAAUUCAUGAUAGAUGGAGCAAAAGGAAUUUCAUAUCUUCAUUCAAAUGGAAUAUUACAUCGAGAUAUUAAACCAGAUAAUUUUCUUGUUGUAACACUUGAUGAUAAUAUUGGAGUUAAUUGUAAAUUAACAGAUUUUGGAAGUUCAAGAAACAUCAAUAUGAUGAUGACAAAUAUGACAUUCACAAAAGGGAUAGGAUCACCUAUUUACAUGGCACCAGAAGUAUUGAAACGAGAACAUUAUAAAAUGGAAUCAGAUAUAUAUUCAUAUUCAAUAACAAUGUUACAAAUCAUUACAUGGAAAGAACCAUUUCCUAAAACAGAAUUUAAAUUUCCAUGGAAAAUAGCAGAAUUCAUAUCAACAGGUAAACGACCAACAAUAAUACAAGAAGUUAAAGAAGGUAUUAAAGAAAUCAUUGAAAAAACAUGGAAACAAGAACCGAAAGAAAGAAUAACGAUAAAAGAAGUAGUAAAAAUGUUAGAAAGAAUUGGAAUGGAAUAA